AUGAGGGGGCCUCCGGCGGCGGGAGGGGCGCGGUGGCCCGCCCAAGGUCACGUGCGGGAGGCCCCGGGGCCGCGGCGCUGGGACGGGAGGGAGGCGGGAUCUCGGGCGGCGGCGCUUCCUGGCUCGCCCGGCACGGCUGCCGGCCUGGCCACGUCACCGCCCGGCCGAGGGUGCGCUGGCGGAGCGGCGGCGGCGCCGGCGGGGAGCGCGGGGCUCGGAGCGCGGGACCCAGAGCCCGGCCCGGGGACGUGGCAGCCGCCUCUCCCGCCAGAAAGUUUCCCGGGAGUUGGCCGCGCGCGGUGCGGGGGCGGGGGUGGGGGCCGCCCGCCCGCCCGGGGAACCAUGAACGUGUUCCGGAUCCUCGGCGACCUGAGCCACCUCCUGGCCAUGAUCUUGCUCCUGGGGAAGAUCUGGAGGUCCAAGUGCUGCUCCGGUGAGGGUCGCCCGGGCGGAGGGAUCUCUGGGAAGAGCCAGAUCCUUUUUGCUCUCGUCUUCACCACCAGGUACCUGGACCUGUUCACCAACUUCAUCUCCGUCUACAACACAGUGAUGAAGAGUGCAAGCGGGGGAGGGGGCACAGAGAGCAGGAGACACAGAACCCGAAGCAGGCGCCAGGCUCCGAGCCGUCAGCACAGAGCCCGACGCGGGGCUGGAACCCACGGACCGUGAGAUCAUGACCGGAGCUGAAGUCAGACGCUUCACCGACUGAGCCCCAUCCCAGGCGCCCCUCCUUUGGUUAUAAUAAAAGAAGUUUUAAUACCUGGGUUACGUGAUAGAGAAGGAACAGGAAAAUGUUCAGGGGGUGUGACCAGGAGGGGCCUCUCUGAGGAGGUGACACGUAAGCCAAGGUCUGUGUGACACAAGGAACCAGCCACGAGGCGAUCAGAGGAAGAGCGUUCCAAGCAGAGAGAAGAGCUGGUUCAGAAACCACCCAGGUGGGAUCAAGCCUGCUGUAUUCAGGGGACAGGCAGGGGCUCUGCCGCCGAGGGCUGGGGGAGGGCGCAGGUUAACUUGGACUUAACUUUGUGACGGGAAACUUGCUUUGAAGCAUGGUCCUGUUUCACAGGGGAAACUGAGAAUGUCUUGGUCCUAUUCUGACGUCUUGGGCCCCGGGCCACAACCAUUGGAGGUUACGUUGGGGUGAGCUCUUUCCAAAUUAGCCAUCCCACGUCUUUUUAAACUCUGCACCCAACGGGGGGCUUGCACUCGUGACCCCCAGAUCGAGAGUCACGCGCUCCACCGACUGAGCGAGCGGCCAGGAACAUCUCCCUCAGCCAUCUUAGCUCUUUAGGGCAACACAGGUUAGUGGAAGGAGCCCGGGUUUCAGAGUCAGGGAAGUGGAAUGUUCCUGCUUGGAUGCUGGUAACAGAGACUUAACAGAAGAGUGGUCCCAGUAGGGGCACCUGGGUGGCUCCGUCGGUUAAGCGUCCGACUUCAGCUCAGGUCACGAUCUCGCGGUCUGUGAGUUCGAGCCCCGCGUCGGGCUCUGUGCUGACAGCUCAGAGCCUGGAUCCUGUUUCAGAUUCUGUGUGUCCCUCUCUCUCUGACCCUCCCCCAUUCAUGCUCUGUCUCUGUCUCAAAAAUAAAUAAAGACGUUAAAAAUAAAUUAAAAAUAAAAAAAGAGUGAUUUUAGUAAGAUGAAGGUUUAUUUUUUCUUUACUCAUAAUGUGGAAUCUGGACGUGGGCCAUCCAGGGCUGGGAUGGCAGCUCCUUUUGUUUGUUUGUUUAAGUUUAUUUAUUUUGAGAGAUAGCGUGCGAGCAGCGGAGGGGCAGAGAGAGAGGGAGACACAGAAUCCAAAGCAGGCUCCAGGCCCUGAGCUGUCAGCACAGACCCCGACGCGGGGCUCAAACCCACGAACUGUGAGAUCAUGACCUGAGUCGAAGCCAGAUGCUCAACCAACCGGGCCACCCAGGCACCCCUUGAAAUUUUUAAUUUUUAAAGAGGCCCUGCAAGUUAGAUAGCAAGUCCUAAUGUGGCAUUUAGCCUCAAGGUUGCCUCAGUGUCACAAAAUGGAUGCCAGGGCUCCUACCAUCACAUCACAUUCUGGGCAGGAAGGAA